UACUCCAUUAUUACUAAAUAAUCAAAGUUCAAGAGCAAUAAAGUUUUCGAGUGAAAUUGGUUGAACCUUCGUUUCAUCUGAAGGGUUAGAAAUUAGCCGAUCUAAUGAUUACCUGUUAUUUUUAAUUUUCUCCAUCUUUAUGCCGGUAACCUAAUCAUAUUUUGAAGGUUUUUACAUGCUGAUUAAGAACUAAAGACUGAUGAAUUACAAAGUACCCUGCAUUCUCCUGCUGAUAUCUGUCUCACUAUACUACCUACUAUCACCUGCUCCACCAUUGUCAGAUGAGCAACUCACCACUCAUCUUAAGGACAAAGUAGUCCUCAUCUGUGGAGCUAGUAGUGGUAUCGGAGAAGAACUUGCUUAUCAGUUAGCUAGGCAUGGAGCUAAACUAGUUCUGGUAGCAAGAAACCAAGAUAAGCUAGAUGUGGUAAAGGAAGGAGUGGUAAAGUUGGGAGCAACUGAUGUUCAGACCAUUUCCUUUGAUUUUUCUGAUGUAAAGGGUAGCAGUGGAGUCAUCAAUCAAACCAUAGCCUGGUUCGGAAAACUUGACUAUUUGGUUUCAAAUCACGCUGCUAUGAUCCAAGGUGCAUUCUUAGGGUUUCCUCAUCAACAGGAGCCGGACUUCAUUGAAAGAAUAUUCCGGGUGAAUUUGUUCAGUCAAAUUGAACUAGCAGUGCAUGCUCUCCCACAUCUUGAAGCAAGUAAAGGCCACAUGUUUUUCACAUCUUCAGGGGCAGGAGAAACCCCUUUUUUUUCGAUGGCAAUUUACUGUUCCACUAAACAUGCACUGAAUGGUUUUUUCUACAGUUUACAGCAGGAAUUGAUGGCCAGAGAAUCACCUGUGUCCUUAACCGUCGGAGCUUUCGGAUUCAUCAAAACGAAGGAUCUUAGUCAACUGAUAAUUAAUGAGGAUGGUGAGAACGCAAUGAAUAUUCCCGCAUGGGCUACAGGUGAUGUAAAAGAAUGUGCUAGAGGGAUGAUAGAAUCUUACAUAUCGAGACCACCGACCAUGACAUACCCUAAAUUAUCUAAUAAUUUGGGUAGAGCUAUGUGGUACUUUCUUCCAGUCCCUACAUUCCAUAAUGCAAUGAUGGGUGCCUCCAAGCGUCCUGGUGCGGUUGGUAAUGGGUAUCAAGAGUCGCUGGAUUUUGUGAAUGAUGGGCGUGAAAAGAUGGAAAAGUUAAAAUUCCAGCAAGGAUAUGGUCCAAAUUAGGAUAUCUGAUGUGUAUAUAUC